AUAAAUAAAAGAACAAAAAGGUGUUGAACUAAACCCCAUUCGGAGCAGACUGAGGUGUCACCAAACACCUGACUUCUCAACAACUCAUACUUGAAGAACGAAGACAGACAUCAAGAAGAAGAAGAAGAAGAGGAGGAGGAGGAGCAGACUGCAAUGGCGAAGGAUCUGCAGAUGGAACAAGGGGGAUCCACUGCUUGGGGCUCCAUAAGGGGGAGUUUCCACUACCUAAUGGUUAUCUUAAUCCCCGCCCUCGUGCUGGCCGUUACAUACCUUGCGAGGGACGCAGCGUCACCGCCCUUGAAGGAGGAUGACUCUAGUGUGGCAGCAAAGGAGAGCGGUGUCGGAAGGGCGGGCCAGAAGGGGGAGUGCGAUCUCUUCUCCGGUAGGUGGGUGUACGACAACGCGUCGUAUCCGUUGUACAAGGAGAAGGAGUGCAAGUUCAUGUCUGAUCAGUUGGCGUGCGAGAAGUUCGGGAGGAAGGACCUUAGCUAUCAGCACUGGAGAUGGCAGCCCCAUGAUUGUGACCUCCCCAGGUUCAAUGCCACAGCAUUGCUGGAGAGACUGAGGAAUAAGAGGAUGGUGUUCGUUGGGGACUCUCUCAAUAGAGGCCAAUGGAUUUCAAUGGUCUGCUUGAUGGAAUCGGUCAUCCCUUCAGAUUCCCUCGAGUCCAUGACUUAUCACCGCAACGCCUCCUUCAACGUUUUCAAGGCCAAGGAAUAUAAUGCAUCCAUAGAGUCCUACUGGGCUCCCCUGCUGGUGGAAUCGGACUGCGAUGAUCCCAUGAACCACAACGCGUCCAACCCAAUAGCUCGGGUGCAGGCGAUUGAGAAACAUUCCCGUCAUUGGUCCAAUGCAGACAUCCUUGUUUUCAACACCUACCUCUGGUGGAGAAAGGCCCAAAUGAAAAUGCUGUGGGGAUCGUUCGAAAGCCUUGAUGGGAUUUACAAGGACGUGAAGAUGCCUCGUGCCUACGAGAUGGCUCUAGAUACGUGGUCCAAGUGGUUGGAAAUUCAUGUGAACCGAUCGAAGACCGAAUUGUUCUUUGUUAGCAUGUCUCCAACUCAUGAGAAGGCAGAGGAUUGGGGAGGGGUUGCUGGGCAAAACUGCUACCAAGAAACAGAGCCUAUCACUGAGAAGGAUUACUGGGGAAGCGGGUCUGAUCCGGCAAUGAUGCGGGUGGUGAAGACGAUCAUCAAUGAUCUGAGAGCACGGGGCGUGAUAGUACACGUUCUGAACAUCACUCAGCUCUCAGAGUACAGGAAAGAGGCCCACCCAUCGAUAUACCGGAGGUGGUACAGGCCAAGGAAUGACGAGCAAAUGGCGAACCCGUGGAGCUACGCCGACUGUUCCCACUGGUGCCUUCCAGGCGUACCAGACGUGUGGAACGAGCUGCUGUACGCUCAAAUCUUCGAGAAUCGGGCGCCCAAAUUAGAGAGCAGAGUCUAAGAGACAUCCUGCAUCACUCUUCUAUAACAACAUUUUUUUUUUUGUAUAAAUGGUGCAACUUUCAUUGAUAAAAAGAAUAUGUACAAGGGUUACAUCUACUCAUCCAAUGACCAGUUUACAUACAAAGAACUAGCAAAAUUUAUUUAAA